AACACGCGCUACCUGUGUCGACAGUGUUAAUAUUGGUGCUUGUAGUUUGUGCUAGUAACGGCAGGAGCGACAAGGACGAUAAUCCUAAUGUUGGAUUAAUCUGAUUUUAAUUAAAGCCAGGGCUUUACAUCGAUGGAAUAUACUUUGACGUUUUGAUUUACGGAACUUCAGGUAAGUUGUUUUAAAAUGCCUUUGCUGGGGAAGAUAGUGGUGAUCAAAAGAAAUGGAGGAGAUGGUACUGAAUUUCCCCUCACAGCAUCCUGUCUGUUCGGAAGGAAGGUGGAUUGUGACAUUCGUAUUCAGCUGCCACAGGUGUCUAAAGAGCACUGUAAAAUUGAGCUGAAUGAGAACAAGGAGCUCAUUUUGACCAAUUUGAGCUCUGUGAACCCCACACAUAUUAAUGGACAAGUUCUUAAUCAAUCUGAACGGUUAAAGCAUGGUGAUCUCAUCACAAUCAUUGAUCGUUCUUUCAGGUUUGAGUACCCACCUCCUAAGACACCGAAGAAGAGGCUGUCCACCGCUGGAAAAGACAAAACAGUUCAGCCUUUGCAAGACCAGCAGGAAAAAAGCACACCCAUUCACGCAGAGAAGAGGAAGUCAGAGCAUUCGUUUGACACUUGUUUAAAAGAUGGGUCAAAUUUACCACCAUCUGUGGAACAAUCUGUUGAGACUGAACCAGAAGAUGGCAAAAUUAAAAAGGACAGUAUGUCACCUUUUUGUGAGCUCUACCAAAUGGUCAAACAGGACCUUGCUGCUAAAUCACCAUGGAAAUCUGCGCUACCAAAAACACCUCUUGCAAGACCUCAGGUUGAUCACAAGGAAGCUCCCAUUGCAGAUGUUAAAAGUAGUCCUAAACCAGUCACAACUCCAUCUACCAAGAAGCGAAGAUCCUCGAAAUCCAGUUCUGAAGAUAUGACUGGACCAGCUAUUGCUCAGAGCUCAUUUAAUGCAAAUCAGGAAGAGAAACCUGCUGAUGAUAUGCUGUCUGUAGGGUCCAUCACCCCUUCAUUGACAGAGAAAAGUGUAACUCCUGUCUCCCAGAAGAGAACACCUUUGAAAACUCCUCCGAAGUUCAGUGCUGGUGAGGUUAAGCAAAUUCUCUUAGAGCCGCAGUCUGAGGAGAAAACACCUAAAUCCCCAAAAGGAAGGAGAAGUGGUGGAUCACAGGAUCAGAGCCUUGCUCUCCAAAUACCUUCGGGCCAGCCUCAGACUCCAGGCCCGAUAGGUAAAAACACUGAAGUGAAAAUGUCACCAAGAACAUCCCCAAGAUCAAAUGCUGGAAAAAGGUUUCAAAUCCAAGAUGUUCUGCAUGAGGUUAAGGCUACAACAUCAGCUUCUAAGAACAAAGAUGACACUUCAGUUACUGAGCUGUGCGACAGCAACAAAUCUUACACUGAAGUAACGGUUCUAAAAUCAAAGAGGAAGCGAGUGUCCUUUGGUGGACAGUUGAGCCCAGAGCUAUUUGACAAACGCCUGCCCCCCAAUUCUCCCCUCCGCCGUGGAGCAACCCCACGACGCAGUUUGGGACCUUCCCAGAAACCUCAAUCUCUCCUACGACGAGCAUCCACCAUUGGUCUUUUGGCUCUUCGACUUGAAGAAACUGUUCCACAUGUUCAAAAUAGUUCUCCAAAGAAAGCUUCACCCAAACGAGCAGCAUCUGCAGCGAAGACUCCAUCACCUUCCAAAAGGUCUCCGAGUACAAAGGCUAAAACUCCAUCACCAAAACAUCAAAAGUCACCAUCUGCUUCACCCAAGGUAUCUACACCAUCCCCUACUCCUGCCACACCCAAGACACCUGCAUCUGCUAGAAGAGCAUCAACUUCAGCAGUUGAGGCUGCGGGUGGCAUGUCUUUAACUGAGACACCUAGGGUGCAGGGGAGGUUUUCAGUCUCUCGUAUCAGUACUCCGUCACCUGUCCAGGACCAGGGGGAGAAGCCUGAAGUACAGUCGACUGUUGUAGAAGACAUGCCUCAGAAGUGUGUGACUCCAAAGAUACCCUUAAGGAGGAAGAGCAUGAAGUCUUCUGCGAGAAAAACUCCUAAGAGUGCAAUUAAAAGUGCACUUGAUGUAAUUCGUUCAAGACGCAGUGGAGCAUCACGGGCUAAUCUAAAAGUGUUGACCUCUUGGGCUGAUAUUGUAAAGUUUGGUCAGACCAAACCUCAAACAGAAGUUGCAACUAAGAAAAAACCUACAAAGAGCAACAUAGUCAAAAAAACUGCAGUGCCAAAACCCAAGACACCCGCACGGAGGCUGAAGGAUGAUAUCAGCACUGGGCAUGCAGCAUCUCCAGUCACCAUUGUUGUUGGCAAAGCCCAUAUGAGGACUAACCUGUCUUGUGGUGCUGCACCUAAAAUAGUCCCCAACAUAGCACUAUUCAAGAAGGACAUGAAAAUGGACGAGGACUUUACAGGUGUUGCAGACAUUUUCAAAACACCAGCCAACAGCAGGUCUAAGAAUAAGGUUCCCAUAAAUAAUGAAUGUCCAGAGAUGCCUUUGGAUGAGAUUUCAGUCAUGAAAACACCAGAAGAAUCAGGUGAAAUGGUUGUCUCUCCAUUGAGUGUGAUCUCCACUGCAAAAUGUGGACGGUACAACAAUGAAGCAGUAACACGACUUCUUUUGGACAACAAGGAUGGUAGUUUAUUGGAAGAUGAAGGUCUUUCUCAACUCACUGACAACUCAAAUGAGGCAAGUGGCCAUGACAUCAUUCCAGAUCAAGACAUGCGCCCCAAUGACCAAACAAUGGAAGAGGAGGCUGCCCCUGAAACUGUAGUCAAAACCCCAAAACAGAAAGCGGCACCAUCCUUGUGCCUCACUGGAGUAAAGCGACUCAUGAAGACACCCAAACAGAGGGCUGAACCAAUUGAGGACUUAAGAGGAAAGCUGCUCAAGACCCCCAAGGAAUAUAAACCUCCGCAGGAAGAAAGUCUGGAAGGCAUUAAGGAACUCCUAAAGACUCCCAAAUACCGGGGAGCUCCAGUAGAAGACAUGGUUGGAGUGAAAAGAGUGAUGCAGACCCCAAAAGUAAAAAGCAACCCCGUACUGUGUGCAGCUGGUCUUCAGAGGCUUAUGAAAACGCCCAAAGAAAAGUCUGAGCAACAUGAAGAACUCACUGAUGUGAAAGAACUGAUGCAAACACCGAAAUUAAAAGGAGAUCUGGAGGAGAAUCAGUUUGGGCUGAAAAGAUUGGUAAAGAUACCUAAACAGAAGAGGAAUCAAGUUGAAGAGGACCUAACUGGUGUUCAACAACUGAUGAAGACCCCUAAACACAAAGGAGAACCAGUUGAAGAUCAAAUGGGUAUACAAAGGCUGAUGCAGACUCCCAAAGAGAAGGUUAAACCUGUAGAAGACUUGCAGACCCCCAAGCAAAAAGAAGAACCUUUAAACAAUGGAGGAGCGAUGGCUGUCACUGGCUUUAAAGAACUUGAAGAACCAGAGAAUAACUCUACCCUGACAACAGAAAAUGUGACUGAGCCUACUGAGAUACAAGGGCCUGUUCUAGCAGUGGAAAGUGGUUCUGCAUUCAUUCCAGCUAAAGGUUUUGAUGAGGAAUGUGACAAAGAAAAUGUCUGUCCAGUUGAAACGAUGGAGAUUGAAGUGGAUUCUCAGUGCACCACUGAAGUCGUUGAUUCUGCUCGCAGUGAUGUAGAGACUGAUACUGUAAUCCCCCAGGAAAAACACCCUGACAAGAUUAAAGAGGAAUCUGUUUCAGCUGAAGCUAUUGAUAUCUGUUUUUCUGGGACAGAUGAGAAAUCCGAAGAGCAGUCUGAAGAAACUGUGUGUACCUCUGAUAAUAGCAACGCAACAGUUGAAACUACCCCAACUUCAUCCACUGCUGAGGAAAACGAGGGGGAGAUAAUCAAGGCUUCACUUCCCAACAAAAUUCAGCGGGGCGGUCGAGGAAAAGCGGCACAGAAAUCCAAAAAUGCUAAUAAUGACAAGGCUAAAGCCCCUGCUGUGUUAUCAGUAACUGAAGAGGAAAAUUUGAAUGGUUCACUUCCCUCUAGCCCACCCAGGGCAAGGAGAGGCAAGAAACUUCUCGAAGUUCCAGAAGUCGCUGCCAGCCCAGUCAGAAAAUCUGCCCGUGGAAGAAUUCCCAAGCACCGCUUUGUGGAUGAAGAGGCAAAGAACACUGAGGCUUCCCAAGUUUCUGUAGACUCCAUGAAAACUGAAAUACCAGAAUGCCCUCCUGUAGUUACCAAAACCAGGAGAGGAAGAAAAGCUAAACAAGAUGAUGAAGCUGCAAUUGAGCCCGUUGAUGAUAUAAAUGCUAGUGACCCACAGUGUCCUGAUGCACCUGCAAAUGAAGAGCUGGUCCAAGCCCCUGUUGUAAAAUCUGGGAGGAGAAAGAAAUUGGAUAAACCCGCUGUCCAUCCUUCAGAAGAACUUGAACAGAAAACACAUGAAAUUGUUUGUGAGGAAAACGCUGUUGCACCAGAAAGUGUCAAAUUGGUGACCUCACUAGUUACUGAGACUGUUUCUGCAACUAGAGCUAGGAGGGGAAGGACAGCAAAGAAGGAACACUUGAAAACUGAGCCAUCCCUUACUUUGGAAAGUGAAAUUACCAGCACUCAUGCUGCUGUAGAGGCUGAGAAGCCACUGACACCUGCAGCAAAGUCAGGGCGAGGAAGGAAGGCUAAAAAUGAAAUAGUCAGAGAACAACCCUUGGAUUAUGAUGAUGCCAUGGUGGUUUCUCAAACUGUGGCAGAGGUGAAUGUUGACCAUAAAGAUGAACCUGAAGCACCUGUGGUCAAGUCUGGCAGAGGGCGAAAGGCCAAACAGCAGAAACCACAGAUGGCUGAAGAGGUUGACCACCAACCAGCUGUAGAUGCCAGCACACAUGUACCUAUGACUGAGGAACACACUGAAACAGAGGUGAAAUCUGUGAGGAGUAGUAGGAAGACAAAGCAGUCAAAGACUGAGGAGAACGUUGUCAACCUUGUUGAACAAGCAGAGACUCCUGUUGUGAAAUCUGGUCGAAAAAGGGCUGUUACUGCGAAGGAAACGGCAGAAGUCGAGGCAGAAGUUUCUGUCAAAAGAGGUCGCCGUGCUGUUGCAGAACCUGCACCACCAGUUGCUGUGGUGUCCAGCCGUGGACGUAAAGCAGUUGCCAAGGUAGAGUCAGAGGUUACUAAGGAUGUAGCUUCAUCAGAAGAGCCAGCUAAACCUGUUAAACAUACCAGGCGAACACCAAAAGUACCUGAAUCAAAGAAAGAAGAAAAUCCUAUGGCACAGGCAGGUUCUGAAUUGGUUGCUGCUGAGAAUACAGCAAUUGUGGCACUGGAGAAGGUGGAAAGAGGAAGCCGUGGCAGAAAACCGAAGGAUUCAACUAAGUCCAUCCCUAACAACCCAAUCAAUGAAAUUUCUAAAGCUGAGGAAGCUAGUGAAAUUAAACCCUCAAAAAAUGUGGUUGUCUCUAAAAACACUGAAGAGUUUGAACCUUCUGCCAAUGUAGAAGAACAACAGCUGAAGAAACCCAAAAGGUUAGGCAAAAUACCAGCUGAGAUGUCCUCCACAUCAAAUCAGUCAACUGAUUUGCCACCCAGAGGCCGCAGAGGAGCCAAAAAAGAAGAGGAACAUCCUGUUGAAGAAGUUCAGAUAAAAAUCAAGCCAUUAAGGAGAGGAAAGGCAGUGGGCUCUGCUGCACCUAAAUCAGACCCCAGUGAUAGUAAGGCAUCAACUCCCCUCAAAAGGAAAAGGAAUGAUGUGUUGGAAGUAACUGACGAGUCGUCAACUAAGGAACCUUUGCCAAAGAAAAGAGGCAGAGUAGCCAUCAGCACUAAAGUUGCAACUGAGGUCUCCAGCAAAGAGAAAACACCUGAUGCUGAACCAGAAAAGGCAGAGGCUAAUCCCAAGAAGGCUGGUAAUAGAGCUGUAAGAGGACAGAAAAAGACAGCCCAGGAACCAGAUCCAGCACCUGCUCAGGAGUCCGUUUCAGGGACCACCACUCGAAAAGGAAGAAGUGUGAAAAAAGUAGAGGAAGUAGACAUCUCUACUGAGGCAGCUCCCGUCAGGCGAACCAGGAGGAAGUAAAGCACUGAUCUUAAAGAGUGGUCUUAAUCUUCAAAUCUGUGUAAUCUCUGGGAAAAAAAAGUUUUAGUUUUAUGUUUGUACUAUUUCAUUAUGAUAUUUUUCUAUAACAUUCUCAGUGUAAUUUUAGCUUUUUAUUUUUAGGUAAAACUGUUUGUGUACACUUAUCGAAUGUUUUAAUUCAACAAAGUUUAAAGGCCAGUUUCUACAUUUAAACUUCCCUCAAAAACAUUUAUCUUCUAUAUUCUCUUCAUGUUCUUUUAUUUUUAUUUUUUUUAGAAAUGUAUUAAAAGAAUAAAAUAAGUGAGGGUACAAAACCAGGCUUAAGCGGUCACAAUUUGUGUGUAAUGUGGCUUAGUGGUGUGACAUGCUUGAAAGUUUUCAUUAAAAAGAUGUUUGUAACCUCA